CUCUAUUUGAUCUCCUUGAUCCUCUCCUCCCUUGUGGCCAUGUCGUUCCCCGCCGCCCUCCGACCCGCCGCGCGCAGCGCGUACCGCGACGUGCUCCGCGCCGCACGCGUCACCUUCCACGCCGAUCCCACUCGGCACGCGCAGUUCGUGGCUGCCAUCCGACCAACUUUCAUGUCGGCCACCCUUACCGACCCGUCCAAGCCACCUGCGCAGCCGCUUGAGGGUCCGCCCGUGGACUUUGCCGCGCCCGAGGAGAUUCAGAAGCGUAUUGCGGAGUGGAAGGAGGUCGCAACGUUUCUGCGCAAGAACGUCGUGCAGGGACGGCAGGAUGAGUCUGGGACUUUCAAACUGCGCGUGACCAAGGACACGGAUCUCGGUGACAAUGAGACGAUCAAGGCGCCCAAGCCGAUGCCCAUCACGCCCUUUCCUAACCGCGGAAAGCGCCGCAGGAAGUGCGGCGAGUAGACGAGGAGUGAGGAGCGCACGUUGUAGAAACCGCGCUUGACGGUAGAGACGCUAGAUGCUCUCGGGUUAUAGGACACAACUCAUAGCAUGCACUUUGUGCAAUCAUCAGUC